UCUUCUGGUGUGUUUGCAGAAGCUGCGCGUCUGUCAGGAGGAGAGCAGGUCGUUGAAAGGAAACCUCUGUUGCUGCUGCUGAGUUUGCCGCUCCUGGAGGUUAGUUUGUGGUUUCCAGCAGAGGUCUGGCGCAGGACUGCGGACAUUUAGGUAUGGCUGUAUACAGCAGCUAGAACUUCACAGUUGACAUUGUGGAACAAGAGAAAAUCAGGAGGCAUCACAAGGGGACGGAGGAGGCAACGUUUUCAAGGAGCGUGGACCCUGUUACCAUCAGAGCAGAUGGGCGAGACCGAGGAUGAGCGAACGGCUCAAGCCAGCCAGCUCUUUGAGAAUUUUGUCCAGGCGUCCACAUGUAAAGGAACCCUGCAGGCCUUCAGCAUCCUCUGCAGACAGCUUGAGCUGGAUCCUUUGGACCACAGUAACUUCUACAGCUCCCUGAAGGCAGCAGUCAGCUCCUGGAAAGUCAAAGCCUUGUGGACAAAAUUAGACAAACGGGCACAGCAGAAAGUGUACAACCACAAUAAAGCCUGCCAGGGAACAAGGUGUCUGAUCAUCGGCGGGGGACCCUGUGGUCUGCGGACAGCCAUUGAGUUGGUCCUGCUCGGCUGCAAAGUGGUGAUGAUCGAAAAGAGGGACACCUUCUCCAGGAAUAAUGUGCUUCACCUCUGGCCCUACACCAUUCAUGACCUCAGGGCUCUCGGUGCCAAGAAGUUCUAUGGAAAAUUCUGCGCCGGUGCGAUUGACCACAUCAGUAUCCGCAAGCUGCAGCUGAUGCUGCUUAAAGUGAGCCUGAUUUUGGGAGUGGAAAUUCAUGUCAAUGUGGAGUUUGUAAAGCUUCUGGAGCCUCCGGAGCAGCAAACUGAAGAUGCUCCUGGCUGGCGAGCAGAGCUUCGGCCCUCCAGCCAUCCAGUCUCUGAUUUUGACUUUGAUGUGGUGAUUGGUGCAGAUGGCCGCAGAAGCACAUUAGAUGGUUUCAGUCGCAAGGAGUUCAGAGGAAAGUUGGCCAUUGCUAUAACGGCUAACUUCGUCAACAGGAACACCACAGCAGAGGCCAAAGUAGAGGAAAUCAGUGGCGUUGCCUUCAUCUUUAACCAGAAGUUUUUUCUGGAACUUAAAGAGGAAACAGGAAUUGACCUGGAAAACAUUGUUUACUACAAAGACAACACCCACUACUUUGUAAUGACCGCAAAGAAGCAGAGCCUGCUGGAUAAAGGGGUCAUCAUAAAUGACUAUAUAGAAACAGAGCGACUGCUGAAUUCUGACAACGUUAACCAGGAGGCGUUGCUGUCCUACGCUCGCGAAGCUGCUGACUUUGGCACCAACUACCAGCUCCCAUCACUGGACUACGCCAUCAACCACUAUGGGCAGCCAGAUGUAGCCAUGUUUGACUUUACCUGCAUGUACGCAUCAGAGAACGCCGCCCUAAUUAGGGAGAAACAUGGACAUCAGUUGCUUGUCGCACUGGUGGGAGAUAGUCUUCUGGAGCCCUUCUGGCCGAUGGGUACGGGUUGUGCUCGGGGCUUUCUGGCUGCCUUCGAUACUGCUUGGAUGGUGAGGGGUUGGGCACAGGGAAAGAACUGCCUGGAGACACUGGCAGAGAGGGAGAGUAUUUACCGUCUGCUGCCUCAGACCACACCAGAAAACAUCAGCAAAAACCUUGAACAGUACACUAUUGAUCCAGCUACCCGCUACCCAAACCUGAACUCCAGCUGUGUACGCCCACACCAGGUGCGUCACCUAUUCAUUGAUGGUCAGUCAGGUCUGGUUGAAAAAGGAGGGCUGUCACGAAGACCAGUCAACUUGUCCAGAAAAGAGUCUGAGGUACGGCCCGCCAGGCUACUGACCUGGUGUCAGAAUCAAACUCAGGGAUACAGGGGAGUGGAUGUCAACAACCUCACGUCGUCCUGGAGGAAUGGCCUGGCCCUGUGCGCUCUCAUUCACCGCCAGAAGCCUGAACUCAUUGACUUUGACUCCCUAAACGGGGAGGAUGUGGCGAGGAACAACCAGCUGGCGUUUGACGUGGCUGAGCAAGAGUUCAGCAUCCAGCCAGUGACUACAGGAAAGGAGAUGGCUGCUAGAGCUGAACCAGACAAGCUACUGAUGGUCCUUUACCUUUCCAAAUUCUUUGAGGCCUUCAGGAAGUCAUCACUGAACAAUAAUGUUUCAAAGGAACCAGAUGAAAAUGGUGAAGAAUGUCCUCCUAAAACCAACCACACACUGCAGAACCUGGCCCCACCCAGGAAGAGAAUACCCAGGGAUGAGAAAAAAGCAGAGGAUGAUUCUGUUAACAAACGACGACGGAAAGGAAGCAGCUACCUCACAGAGUUGUCCUGCCACAGCGCGCCACCUAUUGGUGAAGAUGGAGAGCUGAGGGAGAACAAGGUCCGCUCCAUGGCAACUCAGCUGCUGGCCAAAUUUGAGGAGAACUCCUCAACAGCCAAGAUGCCCACCAAGUCUGAAGAAACCUCUAGUCCUUCUUUUUCUCCUCAUCUGUCCACUUCCACCUCCCCAACAUCUUCAGAUGAGGAGGAGGAGGAGGAAGAAAACCCCCGUUUUGCUAGACCCAAAGUUAUCCCCCCUCUUUCUCCUCUUCCUCCAUCUCGUCCUAAAUGGCAGCCUUCAGUCUACCUUCGGUUGCUGGAAAAUCCCAGUUCUGUUUCUCAGCAGACCAGUUUCCUCUCUUCAAAUAAUUCAUCCUUUAAUCAAAGACGUUCUCCUUCACCCUCACACUCUCAGAGCCAUCUAAGUGCCUCUGGCUCUAAACUUUAUCAAACAGAAAGCGCCCAUCCUGACUCCCCAACAAGUUCGUACUCUGUGUCUGAUCUGUCCGCUUCGGAAGCUGUUCUGUCCUCUGACGAACCUGUUCAGAAGAGUAAAAACCAGAGGUUGUCCUCAAGAGAAUUUUCUUGCAGGAGUAUAAAAGAGAGAGCUGUCCUCAUGUCCACCAUGUUUCAUGGGUCCAACAAGCCACCUGCUCCUCUGCCUGUUUCACAGGUGGAAUCAUCUACCUCAUCUUCUCCCUCCUCCCCAUCUCCUCCUCUUCUGUCUCUAUCUAAAAGCUCCACCAUGUUCCCUGUGGUCCACCCUGUUCCUGAUCCCACUGCUCAGAGCUGUUUCUCUGCUAUUCUACCGAACACCUCUGAACCUAAAGAGCCACCCUCUCCUCUGUCCUGCUCUCAGUCUGAAAAAACUGAGCAAAACUCUUCUUCUCAUCCUGAUUCCUUCACAUCCAACAAAAAAACAGGUUCUCCCAUGUCUUCAACUUGCAUUGAUCAGAGUCAGAAUGUCUUCACUAAUCUCAAGAGGAUAAACAAACAUUCCUGGAAUAAUAAUGUGGAAAAUGAGCAACAGAGGAUUCAUGAAACUGCGUUAAAACUAGCUGAAAAGGAUCCCACUGAGUGCGCAGCAAUCUGUGAUGGUGAGCGCACCAGAAGAAUUGCUCCAAAAUCAAUCAUUCGCUCUGAGAGUUGUCCCUCCGGAGCUCCUAGUUACAGUAAAGAGCGAGUAGUUGGAAAGGUUUCAUCAGCUAUAGAUGCUAAAGCUCAGAUACUGGCCGUCCUUUAUGAGACAGACCACAGGCCCAAUGCCCCACCGUGUGUGGUGCGUAAGGACUUCCCUCCUGGACUCGGUGGCAGCGACAUCUGCCACUUCUGCUCCAAACGGGUGUACGUGAUGGAGAGACUCAGCGCCGAAGGCUACUUCUUCCAUCGCGAGUGCUUCCGCUGUGAUGUCUGUAACUGCACCCUCCGUCUGGGUGGACACACAUUUGACUCACAGGAGGGAAAAUUUUACUGCAAGAUUCAUUAUGCCCAACGUCAAAACAGCACUAACUGGGGCAGGGUCAAAAGGACGACGGUAGACCGAAGUCACCUGAAACCCUCGUCUAUGGACAGCGGGAUCUGUUCAACCACUGGCGGCAUCCAACCUGCAGGUGAGGCAUCCAGAAUGCAGUCAGAGCAGCUGAAAAAAGGUCAAACAUUUCCUGAGGAUACAGAAAUUGCUGUUGAUACUCUGGAUGCUUCCUGCUUAGUCAGACCUACAAAGGCAGAAGGCACCGCUCCCAGAGGCCAAAUCCAGGACAGCGCCAAAGGUCACUCUAACAAAAAACAUAAUCGAUGGAAACGAAAGGUUCGAGCAACCUUCCCUCUGAUCUUCAUCAAGCACUUCCGCUCGAGACCAGAAACCGUCCCUGAAGCUGAUUCUGAUUUUGAGGAAGUCACUUCAACUGAAACACAGAUUGAGCCCAAAACAACAGCAGAUGUACAGAAUCUUCCUGUGGAAAGUAAGAAGAGUGAUAAACCAUCAGCUGCAAUAAAGUCAGUCUCCAGCACAUCUGCCCCAAAGAAGCGGUUAUUACUAUCCCAGCCUGAUAAAGAGAGGCUUUUGAAUUGGGAAGAUGGCCUGAAACCAGAAGAAACUCCCAUUAACAGCAGUACAACAAACACUUCUCAACAUAAAGACAUGGUACAAGCAGAAGCAGAUAAGCCUCCGACAAACCCGAGCCAGAUCGGAACAGCAUGCCUGAGCCAAACAUCUGAAUCUUCUUCAUCUGCUAUCCAGAUCAUAGCUAAUGCCUUCAGGAGAACCUUUAGUGGGAGCAGCCAGCCCAGCAGCCCCAAGACUGCGGUUGUAAUGAGACCCAAACGGAACGUUCAACGUAAACCGAGGCCCAUGUCUGAAGGAGCAUUUAGCUUCAGCUCACUUUUCAGCCCUGUAGAGCCAACAACAGCAGAGAAGAGGACAAGCAUGCAUGAUGUUCAAUGGGCAUCUGUAGGGACAGAUCCAUGGGGGGAGGGGCGAGACCUACCUUCCUUGUUGGAGCAGGUGUCUCUAAAGAGUCGGAGAGAUUCUGGAGGGGUGUCGGACAAACGCUGUUCACUGUCCCGUCAAAGGGUAGAUUUGUUUUCAUCCCUUAGGCUCAGGAGGAGGGGCCUAUCGGAGAGCGAAGGGAAGGAACAGGAAGCUCAAAAGGAAUUUAGGACAUUUCUGUCCAACCUGAGAAACAAAGCCUCUAGUCAACAGAGUUUGGAAGAGCUGUCAUCAAGUGAUGAUGAUAGUGAAAACCUGACCUCCAACAACAAGCUAUCCUCAGACAGACUAAGGAAAAAGCAGGAAAAGAUGGCGUCCCAGCAGGCUAAACGGGAACAGCUGAAGAGGCUUCAUCGAGCUCAGGUAAUCCAGAGACAGCUGGAAGAGGUGGAAGAGAAACAACGGGAUCUAGAGGAAAGAGGAGUGACAAUUGAGAAGAUCAUCAGAGGAGAAGACUCUCAUCAGACAGAGGACCGUGACGAAGCUCUGCUCUAUCAGGCCUGGUUUCAGCUCGUUCUGGAAAAGAAUAGAUUGGCGCGCUACGAGUCAGAACUCAUGAUCUUUGCCCAGGAGCUUGCGCUGAAAGACACACAAAGCCGGCUGGAGCAAGACCUAAGACGUCGAAUGGCUGUUGAAGAUACAAUCAAGAAUGCCUCAGAGCUGCAGGAGGAGGAGGAGAUCCUGGCUGAGAUCAUGAGGACGGUGGAAAAACGGGAUAUGCUAGUCUCCAUAUUGGAUGAGCAGAGAUUGAAGGAGAAGGCUGAGGACAAGGACCUGGAAGGCCUGGUGUUGUCCAGGGGCUACGAGUUUCACUGGGCUCAAGGGAGCAACAUCUGGGGGCAGGAGAAAGUUGAAUAAGGACUGGCCGUUAAUGAUGUUGUGAAUUUCUAUUUUUUAGGUUUAAAUCUGGAUGUGGUAUAGGUGCAAAUAGCCUUUAUUCACCCUGACAAAGCUUAGUUUCAUUUGGUUUUGUGUUGGAAUGCUUAAUGUAGAAACCAACAAAGAACAAAAUUAACCUUCAGCUAAAAACAUCUCUGCCAAAGAGGUUGUUUAACAUUUAUGAUCUGAAACUAGAUGUACAAUAAACUCAGUGAUUUCCAAUAAUGUAGCUGCCUGGAAACCUGAAUGCUUUAGGUUGCUUCCAGACUCAAGACUGGUCUUGCUGUAAUAGACCAACUAUAACUGUAUGACUACACUGGAGACCACAACAAGACCUGACACUUUUCUGAGGUUUUUAUACUUGUUGCACAGUGUAAGUAGUUUUAAAUAGAUGUAUUGAUUCCAGAAAAUGCCUUGUGUGCAAAUCACUUUUGCUCACUUUAUAUGCAGCUGUGCAUCUAACUGUAAUUUCUUGUGCAUACUUGAUCCUGUUUUCACUUUGUACUUGAACUCUGUAAAACAAAUUAAAUAGUAUUUGCACCAUGACAACAACACAGGAUGUUAAGAUUCCUCCCUGAAACUCUAAGGUUAAGUCUUGGGGUAUGAAACUGAUGCUCUGCUGGCUAAAACUGUCUGGCCAUCCUCCAAACAAACUAUCUCACAGAGGGAGCACAGUUGCACUGAAUUCAUAUAGUCACCAUUUCCUCUUUCCUAAAUUUUGCCUUUUUGUUCAACUGCCACUUACUUUUUUUGUCGAUGGCUUUAUUGCACUGUUAAAGAGCUUUAGGUCUAUGUAUCAAGCUUGUCUCCACAUAUGAUGAGUGAUGUGUUUACAUUUUUAGCCUUGGACAAGUCAUAACAUUGGUAUUAUUUUUUUCCCUCUUUUGGACAAAAAAUUUUUUGCAUGUGCUGUGAAUUAAAUAAAUAGCAUUUAAUCUAUAUGUCCUGACAAAUUUAAUAAAGUUGUGUUUUAAGGUGUCCUUGUACUGAGUGAGUCAAAUGGGUGACUUUUCAAUAAAAAUUUACAUUUUGAA